AUGGAUAAACACGCUCAAGCUCAAGUCCAGCAUGCCUCCCUCGAGAACCCAGACAAGUACUGGGGUGACUUUGCCUCGCUCCUGCACUGGGACCAGCCUUACUCCAAGGUUCUGACCCACAACCCCCUUGCCCCUCCAACUGACGCCUACCACUGGUUCAAGGACGGGAAACUCAACACGUGCUUCAAUGCCAUCGAUCGUCACGUCCUCUCUGGCCGUGGAAAGCAGGUCGCCAUUUAUUACGACUCCCCUUUAAACAACGAGAAGCGCCAACUAACCUACCAGGAGCUGUUGGAUCAAGUUCAGACUUGCGCCGGUGUCAUUGCUUCCCAUGGUCUCAAGAAGGGUGAUAUGGUCCUUAUCUACAUGCCCAUGGUUCCUGAGGCCCUGAUUUCGAUGCUUGCUUGUGCCCGUCUCGGAGUUACCCACAGCGUCGUCUUUGGAGGAUUCGCUCCUUUGGAGAUCAAGAAGCGCAUCAACGACUUCAAACCCAAGAUGAUCAUCGGAGGAUCCUGCGGUAUCGAGGUCAACAAGGUCAUCCCCUACAAAGAGAUGCUAGACAAGGCCAUUGACAUGAGUGCUCACAAGCCCGCCCAUAAAAUUAUUUUCCAGCGGGACGCAGGACGCGCCGUUUUGGACCCCUCUCGCGGAGACUUGGACUGGAAUGAUGAAAUGCAGAGGAUUCGUUUGGCUGGAAAGCAGUUCAAGGAUUAUGUUCCCGUUGAGAGCAACCAUCCGCUUUACAUCCUUUAUACUAGCGGAACUACCGGACUCCCAAAGGGGGUUGUUCGCGACAAUGGAGGACAUGCGACACAGACGCUGUCAACCAUGAAAAGCCUCUUUGGGACGCAACCUGGCGAGGUUGUCUUUUGCGCCAGUGAUGUCGGCUGGGUCGUUGGACAUAGCUUCAUCUGCUACGGACCUCUCUUGCUCGGUUGCUCGACUGUGCUCUAUGAGGGCAAGCCCGUCGGAACUCCCGACGCCGGCGCGUUCUUUAGGAUUCUGGAGGAAUACAAGGUCAGCACUUGGUACACCGCCCCCACCGCAUUGCGCGCCAUCCGAAGAGUCGACCCUGAAGGCAAAUUCAGCGCCAAGUAUGACCUCCAUCACCUUCGGGGUCUCUUCCUUGCUGGAGAGCGAUCCGACUCUGGUACUAUUGCCCAUUUCCGACAUAUUAUUGGCGGCAAACCUGUUGUCGACAACUACUGGUCGACCGAGUCUGGAUCCCCCAUCACCGGUGCUUGCCAGGGUCUGCAAAAUGUUCAUGGAGCUCGUGUCGAGCCCAUUGCUAUCCGCCAAGGCUCUGCCGGCAUGCCUUUGCCUGGAUAUGAUGUCCGUGUUCUCUCUGAUCCCGAGGACGACGGCUCCGGUUACAAGUUCAGCGAGCUCGGACCUUCGCAGUUUGGAAACAUUGUCGUCAGGCUGCCUCUGCCCCCAUCUGCAUUGACAACAUUGUGGAGCAACUCUGUCGGAUUCCAAAAGAGCUAUCUCUCUCGAUUUCCGGGGUACUUUGAUACCGGAGACGCUGGCAUUGUAGAUGAAGAUGGGUAUGUCCAUGUCAUGUCGCGAACGGACGACAUCAUGCAAGUCGCGGGACAUCGUCUUUCCACUGGUUCUGUUGAGCAAAUCCUGGCCGAACAUCCCGCAAUUUCUGAGUGCUGUGUCGUCCCUCUUUCAGACAAGCUCAAGGGUCAGAUUCCGAUCGGAUUGAUCGUCCUCAAGUCUGGUGUCACCCAGAAAGAGGAAGACAUCGUCAAGGAGACCGUCCAUAUGGUCCGACAGAACCUGGGCGCGAUCGCCAAUUACAACCAGACGCACAUUAUCCGCCGAUUGCCCAAGACCAGGAGCGGCAAGAUUCUUCGUCGCACCAUUCGGGAUAUUAUUGCCGGCAAGAGCCUUGAGAACAACAAACUGGUUGUCCCGGCCACGAUUGAGGAUUCCACGGUCUUGAAUGAGCUUGAGGUUGCGAUGACUCGCUUGGGUCUGGUCGGCAAUGAUGGUGAGGCUGGCAAGAUCGACGACACUGUCAAGGCGAAAUUGUAA